GGCGGGGCAGGGAACCCGGGGAGGGGAGGAGAGGGAAAGGAGCGGAGGGGAGGAGACCGCGCGGGGUGGGGCCCGGCGGGUACGCGCUCGCUGCGUCGACGUGCUGACGCCAUGACGUCCCGGCCGGUGUGUGUCGGUGUGUGUGUGUGUGAGUGUGCGCGCUCCGAGUGUGUGUGUAUUUGUGUAUCGGCGGUCCCGCAGGUCCCGGAUGUUGCGGACAGUAUGAGGCGAGCGCAGGGGGACGGGGACCAGCUGCUGUCGCCGCCGCUCUCAGUCGGAGUCUCACUCUGUCACCCAGGCUGGAGUGCAGUGGCACAAUCACGACUCCCCACAGCCUCGACCUCCUGGGCUCAGGCAGUCCUUCUGCCUCAGCCUUCCAAGUAGCUGGGACUACAGGGUGAAGAGAGAACAGAAAUCUUUACCCCCUGACUUUGGAAAUCUUGUUUAACCUUCAAGCUGGCGAUGUCAAGGGUUCCAAGUCCUCCACCUCCGGCAGAAAUGUCGAGUGGCCCCGUAGCUGAGAGCUGGUGCUACACACAGAUCAAGGUAGUGAAAUUCUCCUACAUGUGGACCAUCAAUAACUUUAGCUUUUGCCGGGAGGAAAUGGGUGAAGUCAUUAAAAGUUCAACUUUUUCAUCAGGAGCCAAUGAUAAACUGAAAUGGUGUUUGCGAGUAAACCCAAAAGGGCUAGAUGAAGAAAGCAAAGAUUACUUGUCACUUUAUCUGUUACUGGUCAGCUGUCCAAAGAGUGAAGUUCGGGCAAAAUUCAAAUUCUCCAUCCUGAAUGCCAAGGGAGAGGAAACCAAAGCUAUGGAGAGUCAACGGGCAUAUAGGUUUGUGCAAGGCAAAGACUGGGGAUUCAAAAAAUUCAUCCGUAGAGAUUUUCUCCUGGAUGAGGCCAACGGGCUUCUCCCUGAUGACAAGCUUACACUCUUCUGCGAGGUGAGUGUGGUGCAAGAUUCUGUCAACAUUUCUGGCCAGAACACCAUGAAUAUGGUAAAGGUUCCUGAGUGCCGGCUUGCUGACGAAUUAGGGGGUCUGUGGGAGAACUCCCGGUUCACAGACUGCUGCUUGUGUGUUGCUGGCCAGGAAUUCCAGGCUCACAAAGCGAUCUUAGCAGCACGUUCUCCAGUUUUUAGUGCCAUGUUUGAACAUGAAAUGGAAGAGAGCAAAAAGAAUCGAGUUGAAAUCAAUGAUGUGGAACCUGAAGUUUUUAAGGAAAUGAUGUGCUUCAUUUACACGGGGAAGGCUCCAAACCUCGACAAAAUGGCAGAUGAUUUGCUGGCAGCUGCUGACAAGUAUGCCCUGGAGCGUUUAAAGGUCAUGUGUGAAGAUGCCCUCUGCAGUAACCUGUCCGUGGAGAACGCUGCAGAAAUUCUCAUCUUGGCUGACCUCCACAGCGCAGAUCAGUUGAAAACUCAGGCAGUGGAUUUCAUCAACUAUCAUGCUUCGGACGUCCUGGAGACCUCUGGGUGGAAGUCCAUGGUGGUGUCACAUCCCCACUUGGUGGCCGAGGCAUACCGCUCUCUGGCUUCAGCACAGUGCCCUUUUCUGGGACCCCCACGCAAACGCCUGAAGCAGUCCUAAGAUCCUGCCUGAUGUAAGACUCCUUUAUUUUCCAGAAGCAGCAGCCACUGUUGCUGCCACUGACCACCAGGUAGACAGCGCAAUCUGUGGAGCUUUUACUCUGUUGUGAGGUGGAAAGACUGCACUGUGGCCCAGACUUUUAAAACAGCACUAAAUACCUUGGGGGAAGUGGGGGGGAGGGAAGGGCCCAGGACUCGGGGCUGUUCAACCUAAUGAAAGCCUGUUGCUGCGUCACUGUGUUCCCUUGGCCUGGCCAGGUUUGAUACUAUGGGGAUGCAGUUUAGGCGCUGGCCCCGAGGACAUCCCAGCGGUGGUACUUCGGAGAAACUUGUCUGCAUCUGACUGAGCAGAACAAAUCGUCAGGUGCCUGGAGCAAAAA